AGCGGAAAGCAGCUGCCCCACAUUUUCACAGCAGUAGGAGGUUUUCCUUUUUUUUGACACCUCCACAUUGAUCAUUUAAAGAUUUUAGGUGGUGGAGGAGACGUGUAGGAAGAGGACAUGAUAUCUAGAAGACAUACAGUCUAGAAACUGUGUCAAUGUCUGUGAAGAGUCAGAGUAGUGUGGAAGUUUGAAUGGUGCGUCCACUCAGAGAUGAAGAUUCAUGAACACAUAACCGUCUUCCUCACCCUUUUACUCACAAUCAGAGGUAUGACAGGCACCGAUGCCAUCUUGGAGGGAGAGACCUUUAACUUUAAUCUGCCGGAUGUGCCACAUGGAUCUAAUAUCACCUCAAUUGAAUGGAGACACAAAAAGGACAAGAGCACAUUGCUGGCUAUUAUUAACGCAGACAGUGGUGAAAUUCAGAAAUUUGCUCAGAGGAGUAGACUUGAAUUCCUGAAGAACGGAUCAAUCUACAUCAGAGAUGUCCAGCAAGAAGAUGCUGGGAACUACACAUGCAAGAUAGUGUUUGAAAGUGGUAGAACAGAAACGUACGAGGUGUCCUUGACCCUGUAUUCAGAAACAUCACAAAGUCCAAGUUAUAACUCCACACGUGCAACAUUAGGUAAUCAACCUGCUAGUAUACUCAAGAUUGCCAUACCAGUGACUUGUGGGGUCUUAGGUUUGGUUCUGCUUGGUGGUGUAAUACUAAUCAUCUUCAAGUGCAGAAAGAAACGCAGCAUUUCAGUUGAAUCUAUUUAUGCUAACAUGCAGUAUAUUAAGGAACAACAACCAAAGAAGUCAAAGAGGCCAAAAUGAAGGAUGUGAAAUAAGCCAGCUGUCCCUGCCUUAUAUAGAUAUAACUACUACAUUUCAUCCACAUCUACUACACAGUGCAGCACCGUAGUCAUAACCCAAAACAACCCCAGUGUGUGGUUUUUCUACUGCGCUGUUUUCAGCAUCUGCACUUUGUUGUGCAGUUUCCAGGAAACUGUUUUAAAGGCAAGUAUGGUGGGCUUUACUGCUUCAGUACUUCCGAUAGUGCUAAUGCCAUGCUGUUUGUUGUAGUAGAUGUUUUGUACAUGCGCACUGUUGUUAACUUUUAACCUUGUUGUUUACUUAAUAACCCUAAACUUAAACCUAACCAUAAAGAGAAUUUACAUUGAUUUUCAUUUAUUUCUGUAUAAUCCAAGACUUUCAGAGAUAUUUGAUGUGAAAU